AUGAAGUGGGACGAGGAUGAGAACGAGACCCAGAGGGAUGCACGCCGACUGGAGUGUCAGCAUCGACAGCAGCAGCAGCAGCAGCAGCAGCAGCAGCAGCAGCAGCAGCAGCCUCGGGAUUCUCCCGUAUUCUCUUCCAUUGGCGACAAGUCCAUAGACUGUCCGCGGUUUCCUGUGCAGGACUCUGCCAAACAUCCUGACGACGAUCUCUCUAUCUUACACGACCACGAUGCUGACCAAGUCUUGUCAUGCGAUGCCGAUGACUCGCCCUUUCCGGAGGUACGCGCGGUCGUUCAGCCCAUCAAUGACCUCUCGUUGCCCGUAAACACCGUCCGCAUGUGGACUAUUGGCUUGCUCUUUACUAUCAUUGGAAGUGGAUUGAAUCAGUUCUUUAGCUUGCGCCAGCCCAGCGUAACCAUCAGUGCCCUGGUUGCCCAGCUGCUCGCGUUUCCAGUGGGCUGCGCCUGGGCACGAUGGAUGCCAUUAGGGAUUUUGAACCCGGAUCGGCACUUCAACAUCAAGGAACAUGCGCUCAUCACCAUCAUGGCCAAUGUCUCCAUUGGUUCCGCGGCAGCAACUCAAAUCAUCGAGGCAGUGGUCAAGUUUUAUGAGAUGCCCUCGCACGGCGGGUUCGAGAUCCUACUAUGUGUGACGACCCAGCUCUUCGGAUUUGGAUUGGCAGGGAUGGCCGCCCGCUGGCUGGUCAGCCCAGCCUCGAUGAUCUGGCCCCAGGUCUUGUCGAAUGCGGCCUUACUCACAACUCUCCAUUCGCGAGAGAAUUCUAUCGCCGAUGGCUGGCGCAUCACACGCCUGCGCUUCUUCCUCGUCGUAUUCCUGGUCGGCGCCAUCUGGUACUUUGCUCCGGGGUAUCUGUUCACCGGCCUCAGUACUUUCAGCUUCAUCUGUUGGAUCGUCCCUUCCAAUGUCGUGGUCAACCAAUUAUUCGGGCAGGUCACCGGACUGGGCAUGUCGGUGUUGACCUUUGACUGGGCCCAGGUGGUUUAUGCCAAUCAAAGCCCACUCUUGGUUCCGUUCUGGGCCGGCUUGAAUGUCAUGGGAUCAUUUGCGCUCUUCUUCUGGCUCAUCUGUCCCAUCGUGUACUAUACCAACACCUGGUAUUCAGCCUAUCUUCCCUUGCUCAACUCGAACACCUUUGACAAUACCGGCAACAUGUACGACACGUCGCGCAUUAUGGCCCCCGAUGGUUCCGUCGAUCAGACUGCCUAUCGAGACUACUCGCCCAUGUUUCUGCCCGCUGGGUAUGCUAUUACCUUUGGCGUCGCUUUCGCCAAUCUCACGGGUAUCUUCUUUCAUAUCGGGCUCUAUCAUGGUCGAGAUUUGUGGGAACAGUGGAAAGGCACCAACAAGCAAGAUGUGCAUGCGCGCCUCAUGUCUGUGUAUCCCAAUGUGCCUUGGUGGUGGUUCGCCGCAGUGACGCUGUCAAUGUUUGUGCUCAGCGUGGUGACGAAUGAAGUGUGGCAAACAGGACUACCCGCCUGGGCUGUCCUGGUGGCAUUUUUGCUGCCAACCAUCUACUUUGUCCCUGUUGGAGUCAUCAAGGCUUUGACAAACAUCAGUAGCAAUCAGCUGAAUCUGAUGUCUGAAUUCAUUGGCGGAUACGCCUUUCUUGGCAAACCGCUCGCGAACAUGGUUUUUAAAUUCUAUGGCUAUGUCGCUGUUCAGCAGGGGCUUGAAUUCGUCGCUGACAUGAAGUUGGCCCACUACCUCCACAUUGCACCACGAACCGUCUUUGCCGCCCAAGGAUGCGCCACUCUGAUCGGUGCCAUCGUUCAGUGCGGCGUGACAGUGUUUAUGAUUACGAGAAUUGACGACGUAUGCACCUCGGGUGCAGAUGGUAACUUUACUUGUCCGCAUGGCCGGGUCACGUAUUCCUCGUCGCUUAUUUGGGGUGCGAUUGGACCGGGCCGAUUGUUUUCACCCGGUCAGAUCUAUGGCAACCUGUUGUGGUUCUUCCUGGUUGGCCCGGUGGUUGUCGUGAUCACGUAUCUCCUGGGCCGUCGCUGGAAGGCAGUGAACCGUGUCUCCUGGCCGGUUGCCUUUGGAGCGAUGAGCCUGGUCCCACCGGCUACGGGAGUCAGUUUCUCCUCCUGGUGGGUGAUCAACAUGAUCUUCAAUGGGUUGAUACGACGUCGCAAGCCUGCGUGGUGGUCUAAAUACAAUUAUGUCCUAUCUGCCGCGCUGGACUGCGGCGUCGCUGUCUCUACAGUGAUUAUUUUCUUCUGUAUCACUUUGCCGGCUGGCCCUUUGAACUGGUGGGGUAACACUGUAUAUUCUAACACCGCCGAUGGGCAAGGCACGCCGUACAAAAGUCUACCCAGCCGGGGCUACUUUGGCCCUGCUAAAGGGACGUGGAGUUGA